GGAGUCUGUCAUGCCUACUGCAGUACAAUCGUUUUUCACCACAAUAAAAUAUCCAGCUACUUAGUCGCGUAGGAUCUCUGUUAAAUGAAUGUGUAAUUGUUGUUACAAUGUAUCGUCUCUUUAUGGAUAUUUUGUUUACGUUGACAGAGUAAUAGUCAGGCGGCACAGGGGUCUAUCGUAUGCAGUAUUCGCAUAAUGCUUCCAAUGCCUAGUGUCGAUGGGGACAUUUUUGACUGUGUUCAACGAGGGAACGUUGAACAUUGUGCACAUAUUAUUCAACAUGAUCGAUCUAUCCUCAAAGAGAAAGGUUGGGGUGGUUUUAGUCCUCUCCACUUUGCGUGCCUCCAUGGUAACCGUGCCAUGGUUGACAUGUUGCUAAGCAACGGAGCUGACCCCAACCUGACCUGUGAUGCAGGAAUGACAGCCUUCCAUUUCGCCUGCAGGCAUGGUAAUGUAUACGUGAUGCACCAGAUGAUGCAGCAUGGAGCUGACCUGCGCAUGGUAGACCAUCAGGGCAAAACCGCCCUACACCAUGGAGUAUGUGGAGGGAACAUUGUAGCGAUGCAGUACCUGUGGGAGACAGGACUGUUUAGGUGGUGUGAUGGAGACAUGUACCAUGUUACACCUCUACACCUGGCUGCUGAUACUGGCAACACUGAGGUGGUCCGUUACCUGCUCCGAGGAAAGAGGUGUAUGGUGGAGACUGUGGAUGAGGAUGGGUUGACAGCGGUCCAUGUGGCAGCUGAGAGGGGCUGUGUAGAGGUGUGUUGGACACUGUUACAGAGAUCCGGCUUCAGGAUGCUGCACUUGAAGACCUAUAGCGGACACACGCCUCUGGACCUCUGCAGGCAGGGAAAGACAUUCAGACACUUGCAGCUGACCAAACUACUGACCCGCUACAUGAGGGAGCCACCAUUCAACAAACCUGAUGAGUCCCACCUCCUUUACUACUGGACGUUAUUCUUCCCAUGUCUGAUUGGAGGAGCUAUUCUGAUUAUCGCAACAAUGUUGGGGGGCUACGGAGGGAUAACGUGCGCCGUCCUCUUCCCCUGGCUGGCCAGGAGUAUAUUUUCCCAGUUCCACCGCAUGACGACCUACCAGAGGUUGGCCAACCCCGUCUACCUAGGGACUGUGAUAGCUGGAUUGUUCCACUCUCUAGUCUGCUUCUACUAUAGAAUACUACCGCCUAGCUUGUGGGGUGAUGGUGUCCUGGGUCAUGUGUCGCUGGUCCAGUUCUCUGUGGUUCUGGUCUUGUUCUGGAUGGUUCUAACCCAGGAUCCUGGAGAGUUGGGACCGGGAGAUGCAGAUCCUCGCUACUCCUCCAUAACAGACCUGCUGGAGAACAACCAGAAUCCUCAGAGGUUCUGCAUCUACUGUGAGUUGUUCCAGCCAGACCAUACUAAACACUGUAAAUUGUGUGAUGUGUGUGUGAGGGAUUACGACCACCACUGCCUGUUCCUGAACCGCUGUGUUGGCGGUGGCAAUCACCGCCUCUUCAUCAUCUUUAUCCUCUCCAUGGCCACAGCACACUUCCUUUUCAUUGCCGUGGCAACUUACCACCUGUAUGUGGUCGUGGUGUCCCUCGAGGACCAGUCAUUGGUUAGGGCAGUAGCUGCACAGUUCUGGGUGGUCUCCCUGACGAUAAUGAACGUUCUGACAAUCCUUUGGGAGGUGUGGUUGUUGACGGAACAGUUUGACGCCAUCGCCAUUGGGACUACCACCUACUUCAAACCUACCUGCGAGACUCGGCCACGGUCGCUAGGACAACGCUGGACAGCGGUGCUUACCUUCCUAUUGGAGGGGAGGAGACGGUUAGAUUAUGGACUCACGGGGGACAAGAUCUCCAUAGACAUUUAGAUAAUAUGGACUCUAAAACCUAUGGUGAAAUGAAGAACAAUGUAUAUUUUGUCAGUUUUCCAUUCUUAAAACCAGCUGGAUCUUCUAGCCUGUUUGAGCUAAAGCCUAGGCAUUACCUCGGGAAGCAAAUACCGCUAUUAAACAUAUAACAAGUGGUGUGUAGACCAGAAUGAGUUCUAAGAGAUCUUAACAUUAGAGAUAACAUGUUACUUAGAUUGUCUUUUGAGAGUGCGGUCGUAAACAUGUCUGUUAAACAUUAUACUGGAACAUACACUGCCGUUCAAAAGUUUGGGGUCACAUAGAAAUGUCCUUGUUUUUGAAAGAAAAGCACAUUUUUUUUGUCCAUUUAAAUAACAUCAAA